AAGCUCUUUGACGAAAACUAAUCACAUAGAUGAGUUAGACAACAUUUAUUAAAUUUUAUUUUUUCAUUCGCCUAAGAUCUAGCAUAUAUAAAAUAUCACAAAAAUGGCCAGAAUGGAAUUAACCGAUCAAAAGCAUUUAUCUGAUAGUAUAGCUAGGAGCAAAAAGAAAUCAGAGGUACAGAGAAAACAGCCUGGUUAUUUGAACUGGAUGAGCAGAAUGCAAGAGCAUAUAAAGCACUCUCUGGACAGAUUUGAAAGCUCGAGAAAAAACUGGAUAAUUAUCAUUCUGAGUAUAAUAGCUUUAAAAAGAUGGUAAGAAGAUUGGAAAGAAAUAAAGAAGAUCUAUAUGUACAACUACUGGAUGAAUGUGUGGAUAGGGAGACUGUGAUUGACUUAAUACAUAAAACAGUUCCCAUACUGAUUAAUGAAAAAAGUAAGGGUUCUGCCUAUUUGUCUGAGUUUUCUGAAGAUUCUGAUUCGGUUGAGAUAAUUGAGAGAUCCUAUGGGUACUGGAUAAUUGAAUCAGAUAAAUUAUUAGUAUGGCUAAAAAAUCAAGGAAUAACUGGCGCAAGACAAUGGGAAUUACUAGAACAUAUUUUACAUUUCUUAGCAGUAGAUAAGUCACUCUAUCCCACUCUAUCACUCUAUUUGUUUCCCGAUUGUGGUACAGAUGCGGUGCUCCUGUUCUGUGGAAACGCAUCGAGCUAAAGUGGAAGAAUAAAUGCCACUCUCAAUUGAAAAAAUUUAUGAAAAUAGUAUGUAAAAGGCAAAAGCCGGUUUAUAGCUUAAAUCUAACACAUCUAGAAAUUUUGAACUACUAUCCACUUUCAGAUAAAAAAUUCAAUGGCUUUUCGCGUAUAUUCCCAAAUAUAGCCCAUUUAGAUUUAAAUUUUAGCACAGGGUUUGGCGAUAAAACACUAAAUCGAAUAGCAGAGACAUAUCAUCUCUUCUUGCUCCCAAGUUAUUCCUAUUAACGUAGUCAAGUUAUCAAUGGAAUAGUUCAUUU